UUCUCUUCUCCGUCACAAGUUUCCACAGCGUCAUAACCCUCGCCUAUUUCUACAAUGUAUCUAUUUGAAACCCUAACUCUGAGCUAUAAUAAAGAACCCGAACCUAAAAAAUAAGACCAAUAAGCGCUUACAUUUUUUAUUACAAGCCAUAUUUACUUUGUCGCAACUUAUUUUCUUGGCGGGGAUGCGUAGUUGUUACCACUGAGGUAUAAUAAGAACGGUGACGUUAGCUACCUGCUUAUUAGCAGUGGGAGCUGGGUCGAGUAAAUUCUACCGAGCAAGCUAAUGGCACUAACGUUUCAGGGGAAUGUCUAUUAAAUAAAUAUUCGGACUCGUUAACUCUUCAGGCUAUCGAUAGCUAUAUAGUAUUUUAUUUUUGUCUUGCCUGCACAGACAUCUAGCUAUCCGUUUCUGUUCAGACAGAGUUAAAUAGGCAGUUUUGGGAAACGAAGUUAGCCAGCCAGGUCACAGAAGUGCAGUGUUGUGGACCGACCCAAAAGAGUUUUCUCUGCCGUCACCCAUCGGUUUCCGAGGAUGGUUCUGCUAAGGAGUGUCCCCCCACCCACCGAGGGAGUCCGGCAUGAACAAGGCGAGACGACGGCGGUGUUGGACGGGAAGGGUCUCGGCACAGGGACUCUCUACGUUGCUGAAACGCGGUUGUCGUGGUUUGACGGGUCAGGGAUGGGCUUCUCUCUGGAGUACCCCACUAUCAGCCUUCACGCCAUCUCACGAGACCUCAGUGCCUACCCGCAGGAACAUCUAUACGUCAUGGUCAAUGCAAAACUCAACGAUGAGAUGCAGGAGAAUGCCCAUGAUGAGGAGGAUGCGGAAGAUGAGUGUGAGGGGAUCACAGAGAUCCGCUUCGUCCCUAGCGACAAGGCAGCAUUGGAGUCUAUGUUUUCAGCGAUGUGUGAGUGUCAGGCCCUGCACCCAGACCCAGAUGACGAAGACUCCAACGGGGAUUUUGACGGAGAUGAGUACGAUGUGGAGGAGGCAGAGGCAGGUAAGAAGCCUAACAACUACGCACUCACCCUACCAGCUGCUACUACUACUACACACACAGGUACACACGCACUCAUUGGUGGUAUUCUCUCUCUGUCCCCCAGAGCAUGGUCAGGGUGAUAUCCCGUCAUUCUGUACUUAUGAGGAGGGUGUGUCGGGGCUGAGGGCUGAAGGCCAGGCCACUCUACAGAGACUGGAGGGCAUGUUAGCUCAGUCUGUCGCAAACACCUUUCACAUGGCUGGGGUCCGCACUGAUGAGACCAAUGGAGAGUUUGACGAUGGGGUGGAGGUGGAUGCAGGGUCGACGGUGGCUGGACAGUUUGAAGAUGCAGACAUAGACCACUAAUGGAUCUCAGCCAGUCAAAGCACUUGUGGUACAUUGUGGGAUAGGAGAAUACAACCUCUCCACUUCCUGUCCCCAAGGCAUCAUUUUCCACACACAUAUAUAUUCCUCGUGUUUUGUACCUGAAGACCAGUUGUACUGAGUUUUGCAGUGUUGUCUUUGUAUGAAAUCUCUUCAAUAAAUAAAUAGUUUUUGUAUGAAUAA